AUGGAGACUGGAGGCGUUGCUCCGCAUAGGCUCAAGUUCGAGAUAUUUCUAAGCUUCCGAGGCAAAGACACGCGCGACAACUUCUGUGAGCGUCUGUACGUCGCGCUCAACGGGAAGCAAAAAGUCCGGGUCUUCCGGGACAACGAGGGCAUGAAAAGAGGGGAUGAGAUCGGUCCAAGUCUCUUCGAAGCCAUCGAGGACUCGGCCGCAUGCGUCAUCGUCUUAUCCCGUAAAUACGCUAACUCUACCUGGUGUCUAGAUGAAUUAGCUACCCUCUGCGAUCUUACAAGAUCAUCUCUGAAACGUCCCAUGGUACCUAUCUUUUACGGGGUUGAUCCCUCCGACGUCCGCAAACAGAGCGGUAAAUUCGCCAAGCAUUUUGAAAAACACAAGAUAAAACAUGACGAUGAGGCGAUUCAGCGAUGGAGAAAAGAGACUGUUCAAGAAGAUGACAAGGAUGGCAAAAACAGAAAGAAAGUAGAUGACAUGAUUGAGCAGGUGGUAAAAAACGUUUUAGCUUAA